UCCAAUAGGGUUAAGCGAGAGUUUUUUUUUCUCUCUUUUCUUUUGCUUUAUGUUUGAUUUUAUAGACUCAGAAAAGUAUUUUUCGAGAAAUAUAGAACCUUAUCAACUCAUUAAAGGAGAGUUUGAUGUGUGUAAACCAUACUUUUACUCAAAACAAGACCGUGCUGAAAAAGAAGGGCCACAGACAAAAAAGAGAAAAAAGAACAAAAUAAGCAAAGAACCAAGUGAGACAGAGAUUGAGACAGAAAAGAGACAUAAAGAGCUAAGAGAUACGUUGCUAAAAUGCCUUCAAGAGCUUCUCAAUAGCUGGCCUAUUCACUUGAAAGAGAAAAAAGUGCCAUGUAUCAGCAACACAGAGAAUGAUACGAUUGAUUUUCCAAGUAUUCAACAUAUGGUAGAAAUGGCACACCAAAAAUUUAGUUAUCAAGAGCAAGAACAGGAAGUACGUUCAUUUGAAUUUACCUGUGAUGUGACAAAAGACCUCGAUUUGUUCUCUGUAUUUGAUUUAAUUUGUAUAAACAAAUCUAUGAAUGAAGUCAAGUUGUUGCAAAUCACACCAGCUGCUGUUUAUUUGAUACCUCCAAAAUCCACAUACUUAAUGGGUUCAAUGACAAGUAGUUUAAAUCAAUUAGGUACAUAUG